GGUAGGAAGUUUCUCGAUAAGGGCUGAGCAUUCCCCGUAGCUGUCUCCAACAGCUCGCUCAUGUUUCUCGCCCCUCGCCCGCCAGCUGAUGAAAAUGCUGGAGUCGGUGGUGCUAUUAAGCUUAGGUCAGGGCUUGGGGGUGGUCUCCGUGGGAUCGGGAGCGCAAGCGGUCCGCUGAAGCCGCUGGCGUCGGCCAACAACAAGGCGGCUCCAGGCGGACCCUCAAAGCUUGGGCAGACAUAUUCUGCUCAGCCACGUGCAGUCUUGGGGAACUUGACCAAUGUCAACGCGAAGCUGGGCUCCUCGUCGGCCGCAUUGACGGGGAAGGCGAAGCCGGCUCAACCGCUGCAGUAUCAGGCAGCUUCCAUCGAGAAUGCUGCCGGCAAGGGCUGGAAAGCACAGGAGAGCGACCGCACGGUGCAGGAGGCGAACGCUGUGACGAUCCGUGUUAACCGGACCAUUGCGGCCGUCAGCACGUGGAGGACAGCCCCCUUCUACAUCCUGGCAGACGAGGACGAGAGCGACGCCAGCGAGGCCGAUGAGCCCGCGCGCGAGACCGAGGCUCCCAUCAUCGUGCAGCUGCCUGCGACAGGUCCCAGCACCCGUGGUGACGAAAACACUGCGCCGCCGGCGGCGGGCAGCAGCGGUUUGCACAUCUCGGCUGGGGCAAAGCUGCCGGACCUGGGCGCUGGCCCGCUUGACCUGGCAUUCGAUUUUGACACUGAUGACGAGGACGCGGCCCUGCUGUGAAGCGGAUGCCGUGCCUGCUUUGACUGUAGUCCGGACAAGGGUAGCUGGCUUGCUAGAGCAGGAGCGCUGGGGCACCCUGUAAGAGCGAAUCCAGUGGCCAAGGAGAUAUGUGUUGCCUUCAUGGCAUAUCCACUGUGCACCAGCGGUAGAGGUGCGGCGGAGCGCUGCAGGGCGCGCUUCAAGCCAGCGGUCACUAAUAUACGCUGUGCUGACACACGUAAUUCAUCCCUAGAAACGAGUGCACGUCGUACGCAUAGAUAGCUGCUGCUACAAGGACGUGCUAAUCUGCCAGUAGGCGUAGAACUUGAUACGGUACUGUUCUAAUGCAGGUUUGUAACAGCAGCGGUGCUAGCGGGCGUUGAGCCUUGCAGAGAGCACCAUAUGCAACGGACUGUAUCCAAGCCAUCUGUAAGGACUGCAUCAA